AUGAUGAUAAUGACAUUGGACGAUAGGAACAUAUCUCUUUAUCGUGAUGUGGAACUAAUCUGUUCAGGACGUGCUGCGGUUAAGUCACCAGUGGCACGAUACUCUGAUGCCCCUGUCUCUUACACGGAUGCGCCUAUUCAGGCAGCGUCUAAGACUCAAAAGGAGUGGGAAACUACUAGCGAUGCGCCAAACCGAGCAGUAUCCAAGACCGUACCCUCUCCGACAGAACCUCAAACACUAUCGCACAGGGAUGCGUCCACUGUUGCAGCAAGGUUAACUGCAUUGGUUGAGCCAAAGAAGCCCACUCCGAAUGAUGCAACAGCAAUGUCUGCGUCUGAAAGUAAGGCAUCCGCGGCAAGAACAAUGUGGAAGACUGAAGCUGCGACGGAGAAUGCAACCAGUGUUUCGUCUUCAUCCAUGGAUAAGUUGACCCUGAAUACCGCAAUUCAGAAACCGGUUCUUACUCAUGGUAUGAGUGCCUCCAAAAGGCGACGGCUUAAGAAAGCCAAAAGAGCGGCGGAAUAG